CUAGCUCUCGGCGACACUGGGUAGGCAGUGGUUCUGCUAGCUGCAGAACGCAGUCUUCGGCAGGACGCGGUCGAGGUGACAGCUGCACUCCUUCCUGCGAGGUUCGGGUCCUCUGGGCGUGCCUUUACUCGUUUCGGUAUCUAGAGCCAGGCUGACUUUCAAUUUGCGAGGAAGCUAAGCACGGGUGCUAAGUGCAGGAGUGAAGACCUGAAUCCAGUUUGCCCAUGUGUGUACCAGAAUCAGUGCUGCAUAGUUUGAGCCUGAUAAGAUUGACCUUACUAAAGAGACAUUUAAGUCACAUCUGCCAAGAAAUAUGACUUGAAUGAAACUAACUUGUACAAGUUUUCAAUACUUUUAACCUGAGUUAUCAGCUGUCUGCAGUUAUUUGUAACCUGAGGGGUACACAGCCCCAAAGGGGAAAGUUAAGAGCUGCAGAUCUUAGAUGCUCUGAGAACCCACUGCUGUACAGUCAUUCCUAUGAAAAUCAUUCAUGUGCUGGCAGCCCAUAAGAGAGCGUAAACCAGGGACUUUGAUACCAUGCAGCAGAAGAGCAAACUGUUUCUCCAGGCUUUGAAGUAUAGUAUUCCUCACCUUGGGAAAUGCAUGCAGAAAGAGCACUUGAAUCACUGUAACUUCGCUGAUCAUUAUUUCAAUAGAAUAAAAUUGAAAAAAUAUCACCUAACCAAGUGUCUGCAGAAUAAACCCAGGAUCUCAGAGUUAGCAAGAAACAUCCCAAGUCGGAACUUCUUAUGUAAGAAUUUUCUGUCUAGUAAACAGGGAAACGAAAAACCCCUUUCAGAAAACAUGGAUGCGUUUGAAAAAGUGAGAGCAAAAUUAGAAACACAGCCACAAGAAGAAUACGAAAUCAUCAAUGCAGAGAUUAAACAUGGUGGUUUCGUUUAUUAUCAAGAGGGCUGCUGCUUGGUUCGUUCCAAAGAUGAAGAAGCAGACAAUGAUAACUAUGAAGUUUUGUUCAAUUUGGAGGAACUUAAAUUAGAGCAGCCCUUCAUUGACUGUAUCAGAGUUGCUCCUGAUGAAAAAUAUGUAGCUGCCAAGAUAAGAACUGAGGAUUCUGAAGCAUCUACUUGUAUAGUUGUGAAGCUCAGUGAUCAGCCUGUAAUGGAAGCUUCUUUCCCAAAUGUGUCUAGUUUUGAAUGGGUAAAGGAUGAAGAAGAUGAAGAUGUUUUAUUCUACACCUUCCAGAGGAACCUUCGCUGUCAUGAUGUAUAUCGAGCCACUUUUGGUGAUAACAAACGUAAUGAACGUUUUUACACAGAAAAAGACCCAAGUUUUUUUGUCUUCCUUUAUCUUACAAAAGACAGUCGUUUUCUCACCAUGAAUAUCAUGAGCAAGACCACUUCUGAGGUGUGGUUGAUAGAUGGCCUGAGCCCUUGGGACCCACCAGUACUUAUCCAGAAGCGAAUCCAUGGGGUCCUUUACUAUGUGGAACAUAGAGAUGAUGAGUUAUACAUUCUCACUAAUGUUGGCGAGCCUACAGAAUUCAAGCUAAUGAGAACAGCAGCUGAUACCCCUGCUAUUAUGAAUUGGGAUUUGUUUUUCACAAUGAAGAGAAAUACCAAAGUUGUAGACUUGGACAUGUUUAAGGAUCAUUGUGUUCUCUUCCUGAAGCAUAGCAAUUUACUUUAUGUUAACGUGAUUGGUCUGGCUGACGAUUCAGUUCGGUCUCUAAAGCUCCCGCCUUGGGCCUGUGGAUUCAUAAUGGAUACAAAUUCAGACCCAGAGAACUGCCCCUUUCAGCUGUGCUCUCCAAUACGUCCCCCGAAAUAUUAUACAUAUAAGUUUGCAGAAGGCAAACUGUUUGAGGAAACUGGGCAUGAAGACCCAAUAACAAAGACUAGUCGUGUUUUACGUAUGGAAGCCAAAAGCAAGGAUGGAAAAUUAGUGCCAAUGACUGUUUUCCAUAAAACGGAUUCUGAGGACUUGCAGAAGAAACCUCUCCUGGUACAAGUGUAUGGAGCUUAUGGAAUGGAUUUGAAAAUGAAUUUCAGGCCUGAAAGGCGGGUGUUGGUGGACGAUGGCUGGAUAUUAGCAUAUUGUCAUGUUCGGGGAGGUGGUGAGUUAGGCCUCCAGUGGCACGCUGAUGGCCGGCUAACUAAAAAACUCAAUGGCCUUGCUGACUUAGAGGCUUGCAUUAAGACGCUUCAUGACCAAGGCUUUUCUCAGCCCAGUCUAACAGCCCUGACUGCUUUCAGUGCUGGAGGGGUGCUUGUGGGAGCACUGUGUAAUUCUAGUCCAGAACUGCUGAGGGCUGUGACUUUGGAGGCACCUUUCUUGGAUGUUCUCAACACCAUGAUGGACACUACACUUCCUCUGACAUUAGAAGAAUUAGAGGAAUGGGGGAAUCCUUCAUCCGAUGAAAAACACAAGAACUACAUAAAACGUUACUGUCCCUGUCAAAAUAUUAAACCUCAGCAUUAUCCUUCAAUUCACAUAACAGCUUAUGAAAAUGACGAACGUGUACCUCUGAAAGGAAUCGUAAGCUAUACAGAGAAGCUCAAGGAAGCCAUCGCAGAGCAUGCUAAGGACAGCGGGGAAGGCUAUCAAGUCCCCAAUAUUAUUUUAGAUAUUCAGCCUGGAGGCAAUCAUGUGAUUGAGGAUUCUCACAAAAAGAUUACAGCCCAAAUUAAAUUCCUGUAUGAGGAACUUGGACUUGACAGCACCAGUGUUUUCAAUAAUCUUAAGAAAUAUCUAAAAUUCUGAAAUGCUGCUUUCAUUGGGAACUGGAAACACACUGAAGUCUUUCAUAGUCAUAUUUCCAAUUACGUUCACAAAAGUGAGUUUUUUAAGUUAGUAAAUAAUUUUUAAAAAAUGUUAUUCUCCAUCCAAAUUUGGUUUCAUAUACAGCUCACUUGCUUAUACGAAUGUCUCCACUGAGGCACAUGCCCCUUAACCCAGGAAAGUAAUUUUCUAACCAUGCUGCAUAGAAGCACAUAGAGAAGGGAGUGAGGGAAGGGCUGCUGACAGCAGAAGUCUCCCCCUUCUCCUGUCAGAACAGCUUAGUUUUACUGUAAUAUUCUUUGAACAGUUUACACACCAAGGUCCUAUUUCUGCUAGUGAAAAAUUUUAGGCACUCUGGCAAUUAAGUCAUCCUCCAGUUUCUAUACCUGCUUUUUAUGGAAGAAGGUAAUGUGUUUCCCAUUAAAAUUCAUUAGAUCUUUCUAAUCAUCCGUGCUUCCCAUUAAAAUUCAUUAGAUCUUUCUAAUCAUCUGGAGUCCUAGGUGCUCUGAUCAUCUUUUAUUGAUGUUAUUUCAAAAAGUUACAAGUACCUGCAAGUGAUCAUUUUCUUUUAAACAUUUUAUUAUUCUUGAAACACAUUUAAGAACCUUCCCUAAAGCAGUUUCACUCAAGUUACAGAAAUAUAUCAGAAUUAAUGGCCAUUCGGGACUUCCCUGGAAGUCCAGUGGUUAAGUCUCCACUCCCAGUGUAGGGGGCACAGGUUUGAUCCCGGGCCAGAGAACUAGGAUCCUACAUGCCACAUGGUGCAGCCAAAAAAAAAAAAAAGAAUUAAUGACCACUCAUAAAGUUUACCCAGAGCAUGCUGCUAUAUGUGAAGUUACUGCAAAUGCUUAGACUAGAACGGAAUGCCAGUGUCUCCAUCUCUUUCAUAGAGGUGCCUAACACAAGCUGUACAGUAUGUUUAAUACCCUGGAAUAGCAUGCCCGGUUGGAAACAAAACAUCUAUCUUUGAAAGCUGUUUGACGAUGAAGGAGAUUCCUAGUGUUGUAUUCAAGGAUGAGUCCUUCUCCACUGGCCAGUGUGACAGCAUGCGUGUCAACUUCACGGCCACUGUAGGCAGAAUUGGUACUUAACCUUAUCCUCACUCUUGUGGGAAUAUUUGAAAUCAUUUCCUUUAGAUUUAGCAGUGAUGAUUCUCCAAAAUUCAGAACCAUGAGGAAGACUUUGUUUAUCCCAUCCAGCUCUCUUGUGUACAUGAUAGAAUGGUUGUCAUUCCUCAAGUAGCAAAACCACCCCCUGCUGAGGAGCAGCUCAUUGGCAUGAAGCAGGCUUAAUUCUUGAUAUAACUUCAGUGCUGAUCUGGGCUGAGUCUUUUGGACCUAUUUAAAAAAAAAAAAAAGAAUAUUAACAUAAAUGUUUGAUUCUUAGAGUAUCAAGAAUUAUUUCCCAAGAAAACUUCCUUCAAUUUUGUCCCUUAAAAUAACUACUAAAUUUUAAGUAUGACUAAGUAGGGAAGCAUAGUCCAAGGGAUAGCAAAGAAUCAGACAGGACUGAGACUGAACCGGAUGGUUUAUUUAGCUGCUAAUAGCAACUACAGGUAGGGUUUCACCUUGUCUGGAAGUCCUUGCAGAGUGCACAGUUUUCUGCUACAUUUUGGCCACAGCUGAUUUGGACGUCAAAUUUGACUCCACUAAAUGUCCAUAUCUAAUUUAACGGAUAUUUAACUUGCCCAAAUAAAUCCCUUUAUGCUACAUUUAACUGGCAGAAAAGCAGCCAUCCUGGCCAUGGACUCCAGGGACUUCUGUUGAAUUGGGGUUUCUCUGUUCUCUUUUGUAGAAUAAUGUGUAGGUUGGUGUAACUUCAGGAGAUGCUAGUUAUGAACAGAAAAUUGCAAAAAAGGAUGCAAAGCAAAAUGCUGUCUGAAGUGAAAGAGAUUGCACUACAUUUUUUUUUACCCAUAAAAGUAAUAUAUGUCCAUUAAGAUUGAGGUAAAUUUUAUAGCUAUAUAAAACAGACAUAAUUUAAUGUUAUGUUUUUCUUGUUUUUUUCCUUUAACAUUUCAAACAUCUUCUGUUAUUAAAUGUCAUUUUAAUGGCAGACUAAUAAUCCAGUUGAAUGGUUAUACCAUACUUAACCAUUUCCUUUCAUUUUGACAUUUAAGUUUCUAAUAUGCUUCCCCCAAAUUUGCAUUAUUUAUUUAUGACACAAAUAUCAGAAAGACAAUUACUGUGUCAAGGAGUAUGGAUACUUGAUACAUAAUGCCAGAUUUGUCUUCAUAUAAUCUGUUACCAAGUCAGUGAUAACAUUCAUUCAUUAUAGUCUUGCCAGUCAUGUUGACUUCAGCAGUAGUGGUGGUUAUUUGGGGCAGGUGUCUAAUGUGUGGUACUUAAUAAAUGUCCAAAAAAAAUGUCUAUUCUGUGUUUAUCAGGUACAGAGGUAUUUAUGGUACAUGCAUAUGGUAUAUGUAUAUGACUUGUCAACUUACUAUUAACAUUUUGUAUAGCCUUAGAUAAUGCAUGAAAAAGCAUAGUUCAGUGCCGCUUACAUAAAAAGUGCCCAGUGAGUGUUGUUACUUUUAUCUACUUGAUUUACCACUUUCUAGAGGUAUGUAAUUGUGAUUUCUUAGUUUCUCUUUGCAAUUCUCAGAGUACUUGUUUUAUAUAUUUUGAAGCUAUUGUUAGAUGCAUAGAUUCCUGAUUUAUAGUGGAAUGUUCUUUUAUCAAUUCUUGAAAACUGCCUUUGUCUCAUAAUGCUUUUCGUAUUGAAUUCUAUUUUGUCUGCCAUUAAAUAUUUCCCCACCUGCUUUUUGUAACUUUAUUUUUUAAAAUAGACAAUGCAUGCGUACAAUACAAAAUUCAACUAUCAGAAUAAUAUACAAAUAAAAUGGUUUUCUUCA